AUGGCGCCCUACGUGGAGGAGCCGAACGAGACGUCUCUCGAAGCGCCUUCCAAGAGAGCACCCAACCUGGUGGCUCCGGAACCAGAACACUGUCCCGGUCCCGAGUCCGAAAAAGCAGGCCAAGGCGAUGCCUGCGCCGGCUGUCCGAACCAGCAGAUUUGCGCCACCGCGCCCAAAGGCCCCGACCCCGAUAUCCCAAUCAUUACCGAGCGGCUCGCGCAAAUACGACACAAGAUCCUGGUGCUUUCGGGCAAAGGAGGUGUAGGGAAGUCGACAUUCACAAGUCUUCUCGCGCAUGCGUUUGCCACAAACACCGACUCGACCGUCGGCAUCAUGGACACCGAUAUUUGCGGACCGUCAAUCCCCAAGAUGAUGGGCGUCGAGGCCGAGACUAUCCACGUGAGCAACGCAGGCUGGAGUCCUGUCUGGGUGACGGAUAACCUAGGUGCCAUGAGUGUGCAAUUCAUGCUGCCCAACCGCGACGACGCGGUAAUUUGGCGAGGGCCGAAGAAGAACGGUCUGAUCAAGCAGUUCCUGAAGGAUGUGGAUUGGGGCGAGCUCGACUAUCUCAUUGUAGAUACACCUCCCGGCACCAGCGACGAGCACCUUUCUGUCAACUCCCUCCUCAAGGAAUCCGGCGUUGACGGCGCAGUCGUCGUGACUACGCCGCAGGAGGUGUCGUUGUUGGAUGUGCGCAAGGAGAUCGACUUCUGCCGCAAAGCCGGUAUACGUGUCCUUGGACUCGUGGAGAAUAUGUCUGGUUUUGUGUGCCCCAGCUGCACUCACGAGUCUCAGAUCUUCCGUGCCACUACCGGUGGAGGGAAGCGGCUAGCGAAGAAGAUGGGCAUCCCAUUCCUCGGAGCUGUGCCUCUCGAUCCUCGCGUUGGCAUGGCAUGUGACUAUGGCGAGAGCUUUGUCGAGAAUUUCCCGGAUAGCCCGGCCUCUAAGGCGAUCAAGCGCGUCGUUCGUGCUGUUGGCGAGUCCGUCGGAGAGAACCCGGAGGAUGUCCUCCCUGAGGAACUGGUUGAAUGA